AUGGAUAACUUCGAGUACAGCAUCCAGCUGAACGACCGGGAGUGGGCUGAGUUCUUCCAGGCUUCCGAGGAGUGCAGCCUGGCGCCGGCCUCGCUGGCCACGGCCGAGGAGCAGUGCCUCAGUGACAUUGAGCAAGGGGACACCUCGGGACGGGACUGUCCCCGCAGCAGCGGCGCGGUGACAGCGGGCAGCGAGCCAGCAGCGCCUGGCACGGCCAGCCCUGUGCCACGUGGGGUGCCCGGUGACACCGCCGUGCCCUGCCCCGAGCGUGGGCACCUCGCCGGGCCGGAGCCGCCGUCGGGGAGCGAGGAAGAAGAGGGCUCUGCGGGCAGGUUCCUGUGCGGCAGCGACGAGCCCGGCCGCCCGGCACCCGCUGCCAUGCCCAGCGCCCAGAGGAGGCAGCCACCGCGGCCACCCGCGGCCACCGCGCCCGCUGGCACGGCCCAGGCUGGCCCCGGGCAGGACGCGGCGGUGGCAGCGGCCGGAGGCACGGAGCAGGGCGGGGAUGCAGGAGGGGGACAAGCCCUGCUGGCACCGCCAGAAGCUCCAGCAGCCUCUGCCUCGGCGGAGAAGAGCGCUGUCCCCUCGGAGCCGCGGGGACCCGCGGGGGACACCCCGAGCCCGGCCAGGGUGGCAGCGGAGGAGGAGAAGGCGGGCGCGGAGCCGGGCUCGCCGGGCGGAUCCCCCGGCGUGGUGAGGCCCAAGGUGCCGGCACAGCCCAGGAAGAGCCGCAAGCAGCGCGGGGCCGGCGGCACCGAGGGCGACAGGGACCCCGCGGCGGCACCGGGCGCCCCCGGGGCCGGCAAGGCAGCGCCCGGCUCCCCGGUGUCCCCUCGGAAGGGCAGAGGCAAGGACAAGGCGGCCAAGGGAGCGCUGGUGAGGCUGGGCAGCGAGGAGGCUGCGGAGAACAAGCGGGGGGUGCCUGGCCCGGGCGUGGACGGCGGCGAUGCCGGGACUGCUCCCCCAAAAUCCCCGGGGAAGACAAAGGCCACCAAGCCCCCAAAGGCAGGGCUGGCCGGCGGCCUGGGCGUACGUGACAGUGUCCCCGUGGUCCCUGGCGAGGGCACCGCGGCUCCCCCGGGAGAGGAGAGCCAGGAGAUGCCAGGGAAGCCUCUCCAGCCCGGGAGCAUGGCAGCGUUUGGAGGGAAUGCUGCCGAGGGGGCUGGGGGGCAGCCUGCUGCUGCUGAGAUUCCCAGGAAACCCUUGGAGACCCCUGGAGUUCCUGCUGCUGAGACCCCUGGAAUUCCUGCUGCUGAGAUUCCCAGGAAACCCUCGGAGACCCCUGGAGUUCCUGCUGCUGAGACCCCUGGAAUUCCUGCUGCUGAAGUUCCCAGAAAACCCUCAGAGAUCCCUGGAGUUCCUGCUGCUGAGAUCCCCAGGAAGUCUGCAGCUGAGAUUCCCAGGAAACCCUCAGAGAUCCCUGAGGUUCCUGCAGCUGGGAUCCCUUGGGAGCCUGCAGCUGCGAUUCCCAGGAAACCUGUACCUGAAAUCCCUUGGGAGCCUGCAGUGGGGAUCCCCAGGAGUCCUACAGCUGAGCUCCCCAGGAUUCCUGCAGUGGGGAUCCCCAGGAUUCCUGCAGCUGAGAUCCCCAGGGUUCCUGCAGCUGAGCUCCCCAGGAUCCCUGCCAUCGAGAUCCCCAGGAGUCCUGCCAUCGAGAUCCCCAGGAUCCCUGCAGCUGAGCUCCCCAGGAUCCCUGCCAUCGAGAUCCCGUGCGAGCCUGCAGCUGGGAUCCCCACGAUUCCUGGGGCUGGGCUCCCUUGGGAAGCUGCAGCUGAGCUGCCCAGGGCCGUGAGCCCGCUGUGCUUUGCCGAAGGAGCCUCUGGCAAGCCCAACUCUCUGGAUGUGACCUGGCCCGAGAUGUACGAGUACCUGUUCUGUGAUUCCCAGGAGGAGGAGGAGCUGGGCAGCUCCCUGGAGGGGCGCAGGUCCCCCUUGCAGAGGGAAAUCUCCUGGCCUGAACUCUACGAGUAUUUUUUCAUCGAGCCAGAAGGAAGCAGGAAAAAAGGCAAAGCUAAAGACAGGAAAAGAAAGAAGUUCAGAGGCUUGGACCGCCCUGGGCUGCACAAGGAGGCUCCCAGCUCUGCUCCAGACAAGGACACCGUGGUUAUCUCGGUCCCUGAUGUGUAUGAACACUUCUUCCCAGAGCCAGCCCCCAACAGGAUGGGCUGGAGAGGGAUUUUCUCCAUGGCUCCGGCCUCCGAGGUGAGGAAAGCCGUGGGGGCUUUGAGGUCCCUGCUGCAGAGGCAGGGGCAGCUGGGAGGGGGCCAAGCCUCAUCCUCCCAGGCCCUGGUGCCCAGAAGAUCCGGAGAGGAGCUCGCCCUGGUCCCGCUGGGAGGAGCCCAGGCGUGGCCAGAAGAUGCCCUGGCACUGAGAGGAGCAGCAGAGGAGCCGCGGGUGCUGAGCCACAAGGACAUGUGCCUGGUGUUCUGCGCCUUCGCCUCCUGGGCCGUGAAGACAUCUGACCUGCAGGCUCCGGAUGCCUGGAAGACCAUGUUCCUGGCAAGCUUUGGCACCCUCUCGGCCAUCCGCUACUUCCGAAGGCAGGUCAGGGAAGGGCACCCCCGGACUUAACCCCUGCCGCGCCGGAACCGCUGCCCGGGGCCGGGACUUUGCUCUGGACAGCGGGAGAAUCCUGGAGGCAGCGCCGGGAGCUUCCCCGGCCCCAUCCCGGCCGGGACAGGGCGGCACAGGGAGCGGGAGCCUCCCGGGGACGGGAACUGACGGUAGGACGGGGCAGGGGCUGUGUCCUGCCUCCUCCCCGCCGGAGGCACCGAGCAAGCGGGGGAUGCUUCAUCCCGGCAAAAGAGCCGGGAUUUCUGCGAGAGAGGAAAAAGAGAGCUUUGGGAAGAGCCUGGGCUGGGCAGCAGCUC